AUAGGUUUAUCCGUACUUACAACAAUGUUUGUCCUCCAAGACACAAAUGUAGAAAGGGAGACCGGGAGAAAAGCCCAGGUUUCCAACAUUACUGCCGCCAAGACUGUUGCGGAUAUUAUUCGUACUUGUCUCGGUCCCCGUUCUAUGCUCAAGAUGCUUCUUGAUCCUAUGGGUGGUGUUGUCCUCACUAAUGACGGCAAUGCCAUUCUUCGCGAAGUUGAAGUUGCUCAUCCGGCCGCUAAAAGCAUGAUAGAGUUAAGCCGAACUCAGGAUGAAGAAGUUGGUGAUGGUACAACAAGUGUUAUUAUCCUUGCUGGUGAAGUUCUUGCACAAGCUCUUCCAUACCUUGAACGGAAUGUACAUCCAAUUGUCAUUAUUUCCGCAUUCAAAAAAGCACUUGAUGAUUCUAUAAAGAUUAUUGAUGAAAUUUCAAAACCAGUUAAUAUUGAGGAUCAAGAAGAAAUGUUGAAUUUAAUAAAAAGUUCUAUUGGUACAAAAUUUGCAAGUAGAUGGAGCCAUUUGAUGUGUAAAUUGGCAUUAGAUGCUGUAAGGACUGUAGCUAGGGAAGAAAAUGGAAAACGUGAAGUUGAUAUUAAGCGAUAUGCUCGUGUUGAGAAGGUUCCUGGUGGCGAAAUUGAAGAAUCCAAGGUUUUGGAUGGCAUUAUGCUCAAUAAAGAUGUUACACACGCAAGUAUGCGUCGUCGUAUUGAAAAUCCUCGAAUUGUUCUUCUAGAUUGUCCGCUUGAAUACAAAAAAGGUGAAUCACAGACUGCUGCUGAAAUUACUGAUGAGAGCCAUUGGAGUAGAUUGUUACAAAUCGAAGAAGAACAAAUAAAAGAGAUGUUAAACUUAUUUUAUAUCAAUAACCCAGAUCUUGCACAACAUUACCUAUUGAAGGCAAAUAUAUCAGCUAUUCGUCGUGUCCGUAAAACUGAUAAUAAUCGAAUUGCUCGUGCUGUUGGUGCAACAAUUGUGAAUCAACUUGAUGAAUUAAAGGAAGAAGACGUAGGCACUGAGUGUGGUUUAUUUGUUAUUGAUAAAAUAGCGUGCACGAUUUUGCUUCGAGGUCCAUCAAAGGAUAUUUUAAAUGAGGUAGAGCGCAAUCUUCAAGAUGCAAUGUGUGUAGCAAGAAAUGUAUUUUUCAACCCUCUUUUAGCACCAGGAGGUGGCGCAACAGAGAUGGCUAUAAGUGUAAGGCUAUCUGAAAAUUCAAAAACUUUAGAGGGUGUUGAACAAUGGCCUUACAAAUCUGUUGCAGAUGCUUUAGAGGUUAUCCCAAGAACAUUAGUUCAGAAUUGUGGUGGCAAUGCUAUCAAAGUGUUAACUCAAUUGAGGGCUAAACAUGCUACCGGAAAUCAUACAUGGGGAAUUGAUGGCCUAGCCGGUGCUAUUGUAGACAUGAACGAAUAUGGUAUUUGGGAGCCACAUGCUGUCAAAGUUCAGACAAUUAAGACAGCUAUUGAGUCGGCAUGCUUGCUCCUUCGAGUUGACGACAUUGUAUCUGGUGUAUCGAAGAAAAAAUCGGGCGGUGGAACGCAACAAGUUCCGCAUGAUGCCGAAGGUGAAG